AUGAAGCUCACUCUCACUCUAUCAUUCCUCCCAUCGGUUUGGGCCAUUGCUCGCAACACACCCCCAGCUGGGGCAAUCAUUGUAGCUAAAUCUGGGGCUGACUAUGACACGAUCGGGAAAGCAAUUAUGGCGCUGGAUAUGGGCCAUUUCGUUAAUCAGACCAUCUUCAUCGGAGCGGGAGUUUACGACGAGCAAGUGGAGAUACCAGCACUACGGGGACGACUCACAAUCUAUGGAGAGACAUCAGACGCGUCCUCCUACUUGAACAACACGGUGACUGUCACUCAUAACAUCAGUGCAGCACAAGUAGAGGGUGAGAUAACAGCUACUCUGGGAAACGCUGCUGCCUCCUCGAGGAUCUAUAAUAUCAAUGUUAUCAACACUCAUGGCCCCGGACCGAAGGCGCUUGCUCUAAGUGCUACUGCGACUCAACAGGGGUACUAUGGAUGCCAGUUUGGUGGCUAUCAUGGAACCAUUCACACGCAGGUUGGAGGUACGGUGUUAUUUGCCAAGGGUCUAGUAUCUGGCACGACCAACUUCAUCUUCGGUGAUUAUGCGCGCGUGUGGUUCGAUCACGUCGAUAUCAAGGCUCGUCCGCUUCCACGGGAUGGGUAUAUCACCGCCAGCUACCGCGCCUCCUCGAAUGAUCCGUCUUACUUUGUGAUAAACAACUCAACAAUCGAAGCAACAAGCAUGGAAGUGAAGCCAAGAUCGUGCUUCCUCGGUCGUCCAGAAGCUUCCUAUGCCUGCGUUGUGUUCCAGAACACGUAUAUGAGUGAUGUGAUAAAUCCAUCUGGUUGGAGUUCAUGGUCGUCAACUUUGCCAAGCACCGGCCAUGUCUUAUUUGGGGAAUAUGAGAAUACUGGACCUGGUAGUCAGGGCGCUCGAGCAAAUUUUGCAACGGAGUUGGAAGCGCCUUUGGAAAUUUCAGAUAUACUGAAUGAUGAUUAUAAGACCUGGAGCCAAGUUUACCCUGCUGAUACAGGUGGACGCGAUGUUUUCGCUCUUAGUAGCGUAAUUGUGAAAUCCAGCCACCUCCACGCACUUGAGGAUGGCCACUGCCCGGAGAUUGACUUCUCAUAUGCCGAUGCAAAUGAGAUCCAGGCAAUUAGUCUCGCAAAGAUUGUCUUGUGUGAUGUCGAAGCUCCAGAGAUAUACUUUUCUGGCAAUAUCAACCGUCGCCAAGUGCUCAUCCAAGAGAGGCUCCUAGGUGUCGCACUAUGCGUUGCCUGGCCAUAUCUGACCCGGGAACAAAAGCUGUCUUUCAAAGAGCAGUCCAGGGAAAUAAUUCAUCAACUACAUACUAUAAAGCCAUCGGAAAAGCUUCAAAGUCGCUCUCAUAUCGUACCAGACCCAAAUAUCCUCACCAACGGUCGGAUUAAUCCAUUAGAAGGAGAUAUGCUUUUUGCGCCCAUUGAAAAUGAUACAGAUCUGAGCUUCAUGCACAAUGAUUUUACGCAGUCAAAGUGUAUUGUUGACAACGACACGAUUGUUGGAUUUGUUGACUGGGAAAUGGCUGGAUUCUUUGGCUGGAAAACGGCAGGAGAAAUUCAUCGUCGGAUUAGGAAUCCCCAGCGAGAGCACUUUGUGAAUGCUAACUUGAGCGAGAAACGACUUCAGGAUAUUAUGUUCUGGAAUAAUCUAUAUGAUGAAGGUGUGCCAGAGAAUCAUGGAUCUCUAAUUGCCGAUCGCGCAUAG